AAUGUUUAAAUUUACUUAACGUAAACCUCUCAACAUUUUGCCAUUUUGAUGCACCACUUUCAAAAGUGGCCGAAAAAUACAUCUUUUGGGGUGUAAUAUGCUUCUCUUUGAUCGGUGACAUACCUCAAUUAGUCAUUCAGCGUCCAAUAUUACGAUAUAAUUCCAUUUCUUACAAUGAUAAUGGGAAAAAUAUCAAGCCUCGUAAUAUCAGCAACGAAUUGUCUAAUAUUCAACAUGAUAAUAACAUCAACAUAACGAUAGAUCUUGUAGAAGAAUAUGGAACUGAUGAACCAGGAGACAUUUUAUCGGAAAAAACGAAAAGUUUGAAUAACGAUAUUGUUGGGAAUCGCAAUAAAUUAAAAGAAAGAAGAACAAAAAGCUGGAAUCAUUUAAUUAAUAAUACUAAAGAAGAUCAUGUGAUAAUCAAGGAGAAUGAAAAGGAAAAAAGAGUUAGUGUUAUUGAAAAUAAAGACAUAUUCGCAGAAGAAAAAGGAAUUAUUGUUUCUCUUGGAAAUACUAAUAACAUUGAAAAUAAUGCUGUUAAAGAUAAUAAUACGUAUACCAGCAUCAUGGUCGAAGGAAAUACUAAUUACCUACCUGAACUUAUUAAUCCAAUAGAUACUAAUUUCAUAUUGUUCAAUCAAACAAAAAAGUUGACAUUAAGUAACGCUUUGGAUAGAAAAUCAGAUAUUCAUAAUCCUUAG